UUAUGAAUCAGCUGGAUUCGUGUGUUCAGCACAUUUUCUAUUUUGUUUAGUUAUUUGAAUAACAAUUGGAAUUGUAACAAAUGCCGAUGGAAAUGCUAAAACAAGGAGCAGAGGCACGUCUGUAUAUAGGAGAUUUUAAGGGCGAACGGUGCCUUAUUAAAGAACGAUUUGUAAAGAAAUAUCGCCAUCACGAAUUGGACACACAAAUCAGCAGACAGCGUAUAAAGGCGGAGGCAAAAGCAGCAGGGAGAUGUCAGAGUGCCGGAAUAUUGGCACCUAAAAUCUUUCAUACCGACUUAAACGAGAGAAAGUUAUAUAUGGAAUAUUUUGACAAAGCAAUAACUGCCAAACAAUUUAUACAAAAAGUUGUCACAGAAAAGUCUGACGCUGAAGAUGCAUUAAAAAAGUUCUGUACUGCAGUCGGCAGUCUAAUUGGAAGAAUGCACGCUAACAAUAUUAUACAUGGCGACUUGACAACAUCUAACAUACUAAUAAAUCCCAAAGAAAAUGCUGAUAUCUGCGAGACGUAUGACAUAGUCUUUAUAGAUUUUGGUUUAAGUCAUUACAACCAAGGAACAGAAGACAAGGGAGUUGACUUAUAUGUACUCGAGAGAGCCUUGCUAAGUACACAUAGUGAACAGCCAUAUCUGUUUGAUUAUAUGCUUCAAGCAUAUCGUAAAGAGUGUGGCAAAGACGAAGAAUCCGUUGUGGCUAAAUUCGAAGAAGUGCGCGCCAGGGGACGCAAGCGAACAAUGAUUGGCUAAAGUGGUGUCAAUGCAGGGGCUUCUUUCAAUUCCUCCAAAACGUUAAUAUCAUCCUCAUCUCCUUUCAAAUUUUGAAUUUUAAUUUUCUUUAUGUACUUUCGAAGUUUUUGUUUUUGGGCAAUUUUUUGAUUUUUCAGUGGUUCCAUGCCCUCCUCAUAAUCCUCUUUGUACUGUUGAUAGGGGCGUUCUCGUAGUUUCUUUAUGGCAUCGUCCAAUUUCAAAUUUGCAAUACCUUGUUCUUCCUUAUAUAAACGAUACUUAUCACAGAAUUCCUUGUGUUGUUUCUUAAAGAGUUUGGUUUUUGUUGAUGGAUGCUGUAAGAAUAAAGAUCGUUAAUAAGAAGGAGCGGAGAGAAAAAUUAUAAUAAAAAGCGCCAUACCCUAUCGUCUAUUGCUCGAGCGCACUGCAAGUGAAAAUUAUGUAAAUGCCUUAGGAAAAUAUCGUUUGGCUUGAUAUUUUCAUCUAGACUUAUCUGAAUUAUUUCACAUAUGUAAGGAAAAGAUUUUUUAGCACAUCCUUGACGCAACAUAGCACCUAAGAUUUGAAUGUUCAUCCUAAAAGGCACAGUGGAUUGAAAAAAUAAACUGGGAAACUCAUAAAAAAUUAAAUAUACACACCUUA